GCCACUGGUAGUGCUGGUACGACCAAGCGGAAGGGAAGAUUUGGAACACAUACACGGCUUGUUUGGAAUAAGAAGAAUAGCCGGACACACAGACAGACAGACACACACAGACAGAAAGACAGACAGACAGGCGAGUCAAACGCGUAUUCUUUUUCAACCCCGUCCAGCCGCCGAUAACGAGACAUGACUCGGGUGAUCUGACACAAGGUACACUAUAUCUGAAGGUGGGUGGUGGAUGUGACUGGCCUUUUUUUCCCCCUCAGCGUGGAUAUUUCACAACCGAGCCUACUAUUAACCGCCGGAGUGCCAGACCCCUCGCUACAGCCGCAGUGAUUACAUCAUCCCAGGCCUUGUCAACAAACCAACCGGAUCAGACAGACCAGAUAACACCGGCACACCGAUGACUGACCACUAACACUACCCAUGGAUUGCGAUGGCGGCAUUGGAGAAGCCUUGAUCACGGCCAUGAACAAUCAAAAUCGAGGAUUUCUGCAUCAGAACAGACUUUAGGAAUCUCCUAUUACUGGAGCCGCGUGUAGACAGGAAUUAAAAUUUCAAAAAAAGUGAAUUUGCUUUUUGAGCUACAGUAUUUAGCGUGUCAGGUUUUUGGGGACACCUUGGUGGGUUACCGUUUCCCCAGUUUGCGGCUCUAUUUUCCUGCCUUUUUUUUGUUUUGUUUUGUGGGGUCUUUAUCUUGUAUUUGUGCAACUAGUCACCUAAAUUUUGCUUCUGCACUUUAGUAAGUUUUAAACCUGGACUCCAGGUCGACCUGUUUUUUUUUCCCAAUAGGAAUUUACUCAGGACUUUUUGAUUUCUUUUUCAAACAUCCCCGAAUUCCUUCCUCAUCACACUCUCCUGUAUCCAACCAUGUACGGCAGCGCCCGCUCCAUUUCUAAGCUGGACGUCGUCGGUUCCACUGGCAAUGGCUCGGCAUCCGGCAGCCCCGGACGCUCCCCGCGUCUCCCCCGCUCCCCCCGCCUCGGACACCGGCGAAACAGCAGCAGCAGCUCGGCUGGUGGGCUCACGGGCUCUGGCAAGACCCUGUCCAUGGAGAACAUUCAGUCUCUCAACGCCGCCUACGCCACAACUGGCCCUCUGUACUUCACCGACUCCGUCGAGGACCCCGUGGGCAUCGCGGCAAGCCUGGGCAGCGGUUUGAACCCCUCCAUGCCCAAGAGCACCAUGACCCUGGGCAGGGCUGGCGCCAGGGUCCCUUACGGGGUCCGGGGGGCCGUCAUGGGCAGCAGUCCGAAUAUUAACGCUGGAGGUGGAGGGGUAGGCGGCGGUGGAGGGGCCAUGCCCAGCGAUGCCAUCGCGUUCGGCGGGGAGAUGCCAGGCCAGCCUCCCCAGGCGGCCACUGUGCCUCACUCCAUGAGACAGGUGAGAGACGGUGCCAUGUCGGACUUGCAGACACAGCUGAGAGAGGUGCUGAGGGAGAAUGAACUGCUACGCAGAGAGUUGGAAGCCAAGGAGUCGAAGUUGAGUUCUUCAAUGAACUCCAUAAAGACUUUCUGGAGUCCGGAGCUGAAGAAGGAGAGAGCCUUGAGGAAAGACGAAGCCACCAAGAUGACCGUGUGGAAAGAACAGUACAGAGUGGUGCAGGAUGAAACGCAGCAUCUCCAGUGCACCAUCCAGGCAUUACAGGAUGAGCUUCGAAUUCAGCGAGACCUCAACCAGCUCCUCCAGACGGACUACUCGGACACCGUUCAUCUAAGUACCCAGCCCCUCGCCCCACAGGACAUGACGGAGGAGAACUUCCUGCGUCUCCACGGCGAAUACGAACGCCAGGCAAAAGAGCUCUUCCUCCUGAGGAAGACUGUGGAAGAAAUGGAGCUGAGAAUAGACACGCAGAAACACACACUGACGGCCAGGGACGAGUCGAUUAAGAAGUUACUCGAGAUGUUGCAGAGUAAAGGGCUGUCGUCACGGGCAACUGAAGAGGACCAUGAACGGACGAGGCGACUGGCCGACGCUGAGAUGACCAUCCACCAUCUAGAGGGCCUGUUGGAGCAGAAAGACAAGGAAACGCUGCAACUUCGAGAGGAGCUCCACAGGAGAUAUGAAGCGGCUCCCGAGUCGGCCAAGACCAAGGCCCUUCAGACUGUCAUCGAAAUGAAGGACUCUAAGAUUAGCUCCUUGGAGCGCGGUCUGAGGGAGCUGGAGGAGGAGGUGAACAUGCUGAAAUCUAACGGAGCUCUGAGCAGCGAGGAGCGAGAGGAGGAAAUCAAACAGAUGGAGGUCUACCGAUCCCACUCCAAGUUCAUGAAAAACAAGGUUGAGCAGCUGAAGGAGGAGCUAAAUCAGAGCCAAUCAGAGAAGGAGGAGUUAAGGCAACGAGCCAAUCAGCUUCAGCAGGAGGUGUCUGCAAUGGACCAGGCGAAGCAGGAUCUGAGUCGUAAAGACAGCGAGCUGCUGGCCCUCAGGACCAAGCUGGAGACUCUGAACAAUCAGUUCUCAGAUAGUAAACAACACGUAGAGGUCCUCAAAGAGUCACUGACCGCCAAGGAGCAGCGAGCCGCUAUCCUACAGACCGAGGUGGACGCGCUGCGUCUCCGUCUGGAGGAGAAGGAGUCCCUCCUCAGUAAGAAGAGCCAGCAGAUCUCAGAGCUGACAGAGGAGAAGGGCACGCAGAGCGGCGAGAUCACGGACCUGAAAGACAUGCUGGAUGUCAAGGAGCGCAAAGUCAACGUGCUGCAGAAGAAGAUAGAGAACCUGCAGGAUCAGCUGAGGGAUAAAGACAAACAGCUGGGCGGCCUGAAGGAGCGAGUCAAAUCUUUACAGACAGACACCUCUAACACUGACACAGCACUGGGAACACUGGAGGAGGCUCUGGCUGAAAAGGAGCGAAUCAUCGAACGGCUGAAAGAGCAGCGGGAGAGGGAGGAGAGGGAAAAGGGGGAAGAGAUGGACUCCAACAAGAAGGAGUUGAAGGAGCUGAGGCAGAAGGUCUCCCAGCUGCAGGCUGACCUGGCUGACCGAGAGACAUCGGUGCUGGAUCUGAAGGAGAAGGCGUCCUCUCUAGCUUCAGGGGCUCUGAAGAAGGACAACAGGCUGAAGAGUUUGGAGAUCAGCCUGGAGCAGAAGCGAGAAGAGUGUUUGAAACUUGAGAACCAGCUAAAGAAGGCCCAGAAUGCAGCAGCCGAGUCCCAGGCAAGUGCCGAACUCUCCGAUCGCAUCGCCUCUCUGGAGCAGGAGGUGACCCGGCACAGAGAGGAUGCCGGGAAGGCCCAGUCGGAAGUGGAACGGCUGCUGGAGAUCCUGAGAGAGAUGGAAAAUGAAAAGAACGACAAGGAUAAAAAGAUCCAUGAGCUGGAGAGGCAGAUGAAGGACCAGUCUAAGAAGGUGGCCAACCUGAAACACAAGGAGCAGAUGGAGAAGAGCAGGAACGCCCAGCUGAUGGAGGAGGCGAAGAAGAGGGAGGACAACCUGAACGAAAGCUCCCAGCAGAUAAAGGACUCUCUGCGUCAGAAAGAGGAGCGCAUCGAGGAACUUGAGGAGGCGCUGAGGGAGAGUGUUCAGAUCACAGCGGAGAGGGAGGUUGUCCUCGCUCAGGAGGAGCAGGCACGCACACAGGCCGAGAAACAGGAGGCACUAUUGGCAGCCAUCAGUGAGAAAGACGCCAACAUCGCCCUGCUGGAGCUCUCCUCAUCCAAGAAGAAGAAAACCCAGGAAGAGGUGGCGGCCCUCAAGAGAGAGAAAGACAGUCUGGUACAACAGCUCAAACAACAGACUCAGAACCGUAUGAAGUUGAUGGCAGACAACUAUGAGGAUGACCACCUGAAGACCUCGUCUCCUAACUCAGAGCAGCCCAACAACCACAAGCCCUCCCCAGAUCAGAUUCUCCCUCCUCUCCUGGAUCUGAGUCAGAACCGCAGUAAACUGAAGCUGUACAUCGGUCACCUGACCUCCCUAUGUCAGGAGCGGGACCCAGUCAUAUUGCAGGACUUUGCCCCGCCCCCCGCCUAUCUCCGCUCUGACUCCGCCUCCUGGGAAGCGCAGCUGCGCAGCAUGACACAGGAACAGUUGGAGGCGGAGUUAGCGCUGUGCGAGAGGGAGGGGGCGGAGCUACAAGAAUACGCCAACCAGGUCCUGCAGCAAAUCGCUGACCGAUGCCCCGACAUCCUGGAACAAGUUGUCAAUGCCCUGGAGGACACCUGCUGACCCACACAUCACACACACACACACACACACACACACACACACACACUCACAAACGUACACACACGCACAUACACGCACGCACGCAGCACGCGAGCAGGACUGAGACGAGAGAGACAAUCGCAUACAUGGACACACCUGGAGACAAGCACACACACACACACACACACACACACACACACACACACACACACACACACA